AGCAAAGUACUACUACGCACAACAUGGAAGUCUUGUACAUGUCUCUCUUCUGCCUCUUUGUGCUCUCAUCCCUCUACUUCCUCUUCUACAAGACGAAAGCGGGGGCCCGGCUGCCCCCGGGCAGGACGGGCUGGCCCGUGAUCGGGGAGAGCCUCGAGUUCCUCUCCACCGGCUGGAAGGGCCACCCGGAGAAGUUCAUCUUCGACCGGAUGGCCAAGUACUCCCCCACCGUGUUCCGCACCCACCUCCUGGGCGAGCGCGCCGCCGUCUUCUGCGGCGCCGCCGGCAACAAGUUCCUCUUCUCCAAUGAAAACAAGCUCGUGCAGGCGUGGUGGCCGGCCUCCGUGGACAAGAUCUUCCCCUCCUCCACCCAAACCUCCUCCAAAGAAGAGGCCAUCAAGAUGAGGAAAAUGCUCCCCAACAUCCUCAAACCCGAAGCCCUCCACCGCUACGUCGAGAUCAUGGACCACAUCGCGCGCCGCCACUUCGCCGACGGCUGGGAUAACAAGAAGGAGGUGGUCGUCUUCCCCCUCGCCAAGAACUACACCUUCUGGCUUGCCUGCCGCCUCUUCGUCAGCAUUGAGGAUCCGGCUCAAGUCCAAAAAUUUGCCGAGCCAUUCAAUCUGUUAGCGUCUGGUUUGAUCUCCAUCCCCAUCGAUCUGCCCGGCACUCCCUUCAACAAGGGCAUCAAGGCCUCCAACUUCGUGAGGAAGGAGCUCGUCGCCAUCAUCAAGCAGCGCAAACUCGACCUCGCCGACGGCAAGGCCUCCCCCACGCAGGAUAUCCUCUCCCACAUGCUGCUCGCCACCGACGACAGCGGCAAGUCCAUGCACGAGCUCGACAUCGCCGACAAGAUUCUAGGGCUGCUCAUCGGGGGCCACGACACCGCUAGCUCCGCCUGUGCCUUCAUCGUCAAGUACCUCGCGGAGCUCCCGCAUAUCUACGACCGCGUCUACCACGAGCAAAUGGAGAUCGCGAGAUGUAAAGCGGCGGGGGAGUUGCUCAAGUGGGAGGAUGUGCAGAAGAUGAAGUACUCGUGGAACGUGGCGUGCGAGGUGAUGCGAAUGGCGCCGCCGCUGCAGGGGGCGUUCAGGGAAGCCCUGACGGACUUCACGUACAACGGGUUCUCCAUCCCGAAAGGGUGGAAGCUGUACUGGAGCGCCAACUCGACGCACAAGAAUCCUGAGUACUUCGCGGAGCCGAUGAAGUUCGAGCCGGCGCGGUUCGAGGGGUCGGGGCCGGCGCCGUACACGUUCGUGCCGUUCGGAGGGGGGCCGAGGAUGUGCCCCGGGAAGGAAUACGCGAGGCUGGAGAUACUGGUGUUCAUGCACCAUCUGGUCACCAGAUUUAAAUGGGAGAUGCUGAUUCCCAACGAGACCAUUGUGGUGGACCCCAUGCCUAUUCCUGCUAAGGGUCUCCCUGUUCGUCUCUUCCCUCACCGAUCUUGAAUCCAAUUGGCAAUUGCUAAUAUUCUUGUAGAUAACAUGCAUGCUUAAUGCCAUCACACUCCAUAAUCGACUUUCUACGUCUUUUGCUUUUCUUACGUUUUUGUAUUCUUCUAUUAAUGCUUUAAUUAGAGGUAAGUACUCCCUCCUCCGUCCACGAAAUGAGUACCCAUAUAUAGACGAUACGAAUUUUAAGAAAUGUAUGAAGUGUAGUGUGAAUAGUUUAAGGGUCU